GCUUUAUAGCGCCGAACAACCGACCGCUGGUUCCGACGCGACCAAAUGUGUACGUGGGGCUGUUGAGUCUUUUAAAGACAAACGUAAGGAGAGAUUACCGUGCCCGUGGGGUACUGAUUGUACUGAGGUCUGCCUUACGACCACCAACGGCGACGAGGGCUCGGACAGGAAUUUUGUGGCAGCAUUGUUAAUUUAAAAGUCUUAUGAGGACUAUCUUCAGUGAAAAUAUGCAGCAAAUUUUCAUGGAUGAAAUUGGAGGAUAAAUUGAAAUGGAACUUGGUAGUCAUCAGCUUUCCAAUAGUUUUGACAAUUGGACAUUAAUGGAUAUUGUCAACCCAAUAUUCAGUGACUUGGUACGAAACUUUGACUGAUAUUUCCUCUCUCAACAACACGAAGCCAUGCAGUCCAGGAUUCCUGGCCCCACUACAAGGGCAGCUACAGCAAUCAGCAGCAAUUCCAAGUCUCUGACAACUAUGAACCGACAAGGUCAAACUGUUAGCUGUUUGAAUAAGUACAACGUGUUGCCGUGCAAAUCGGGGAGUCAGAAAGAUCUGUCUGACAAUAUAACUCAGCUGCCUGUCAUGAAUGGGAAUGUGCAGUUGAAUUCAACAAGGCAUCACCAUACUUCAACCACGUCUCAAUCGAGAAACCUACCGCCAAGUAGAAAACAAACCUCGGAGGUGUCCUCCAAACAGACCGCCAGGCAGCUAAAUCUCGCCGUUUCUUCUUCAGUAAGUGAUCUGGAUAAGGCUCCUAGCCCAGGAUAUGAGAAAGGCUUAUCUAAUGCAAACAAAUCAGUGGAGGAAAUGAAAUAUCACAGUAAAACUUCUAGAAAUACUGCAGAGGGCAGAAUUGAAGCCUUUUUGAACAACAAGGGGCAGGAUAAUUCAGUGGAACUUGGGAAUCCUGAACCAGGUAAUACUGAAGCAGACAGUGGAGAAUCUGCAUAUAAUAGUCCACGGCUGCCACGGAAGGGAACUGUUCAAACUUUGAAUAAAACUCAGAACAUGCAGAAGGCAGCAUCAAAAAUGUCAGACAGAGGUCAAAAGGAAGAGAAGAGUGACAGUAGUGGAAUCAACUCCAGGGGAAAAGUGGCUUCCACAAAAGCCUCUCGAAUUGCUGGAUUUAAUCAUGCAAGGAACAAGGUUUUGAAUGAUGUGCAGAAGGGCGUUGCAACUCUUCCUCCCAGGGGAAAGUGUAAAUCCAGAUUCAGUAUUUCAAAUGAUAAUCUAUUACAGCUGUCGAGUUGUGGAAGUGCAACAGAUACAGAGAAACCUAAAAGCAGUUCCAGUCAAAGGCAGCGGAAAUCUGAUGUUAGCUGGAAGUCCUAUAGUUUCUCCAAUUUGCUCUUAGAUGACAAUGAAGAUUUUUCAGAGCUGUCUGUCUCCUCCGUGAGUUCUCCAAAGCACACUUGUACAGGUGGUCUGAAAAUGUCCAUCAAUAGCAACGUCAUCAAGCUUCCAUCUCCAACACAGAACAGCCAUCCCAACACAGCAACGGUAGCCCCCUUCAUGUACAAAGGAGAAACAAAGAGGGAAAGCAAUACUAUAGAAGGAAAAGAGUCUACAGCCUAUCCCAAUACAGGGGAAAGCAACUGGAAACAAAGAAAAACUUUUGAAGAUAUUGAUCCAGAGACACAGCGAAAAAGGACGGUUCAGAAUAUUGUAGAUCUUCGGCAAAACUUGGAAGACACGAUGUCGAGUUUAAGGGGAUCACAGAUAACCCAUAGUUCUUUAGAUUCAGCCUUUGACAGUGACCUGACUGCUGAAGUAAAUUCCAGAAGCCGCUGCACGAGUUCGUCCAACCGGUCUUCACCAUUGUCCUGGCGCUAUGGCCAAGCGAGCCCCCGUCUCCAGGCAGGAGACGCACCUUCUGUAGGCAGUGGCUGCCAGCCUGGAGGGAAUUCUGGCUGGUUCGUUCGCGGAGACUCCUCCCAUUACUCACACACCAUGCCCAUGCGGAGCUCCAGUAAGUCAUGUAACAUCUCACGCUUAGACUUGGAUUCUUUGGAUACUGAUGAUGUGGACCUGAAGUCCAUCAGUGCAGACAUGUCUGGCUAUAUGAGUGACAGUGACCUGCUGGGGAAGACGAUGAAUGAUGACGACAUUACAACUGGUUGGGAUGAAAGUAGCUCCGUUAGCAGUGGCCUCAGUGACACCUCUGACAACCUGAGCUCUGAAGAUUUAAAUGCCAGUUCAUCUCUCAACUCCUAUCCAACCACGCCUGUUGCUUCCAGAAGAAAUUCCGGCAUCGGGAAAAUGAAUGUGCAAGCUGUUAACACCAAAAGAGAAUUGCGGACGGACGCGGAGAAGCGCUCUAUGGUUGAGAGUGGUCUGACCUGGUGCAGUGGCUCUGAAGGCAAAGGCCAGAAGAAGUCUGAGGGUGUCUACGAUGCCAGCAAUAUCAAGAUGGAUCAGAACACCAAGUGGAGACGCAUUCGCAGUGAAUCAGCUGACGAAUCUACCAAGGGAGAAGUAAAGAAACCACAAACUACAGUGCAAUCCAGUUCACUGAAAAAGAGUGCAGCACCAGUGGGGGUAACUUCCCCAAUGACCAGUUCAGGGACAGGCUCUCUGAAGCCGGCUGGUAAAAUUGAUACUAAGGUCCAAGACAAAGGAAAGUUGGCUCUCAAAGGAACAAGCUUGCAAAGAUCUUCAUCUGAUGCUAGUAGGGACAGAGUUGGAGAAGCACGAAAACCUCCAUCAGGAAUUUCCAGGCCCUCCACUGGAGGUUCAUUUGGCUAUAAGAAACCUACGACGGGCACCGCAACGGUAAUGACAGGUGGUGGAAGCUCUGCACCUGCUGGGAAAACUCACAAGUCCACAGGCAUUCCUGUUAAGCCAACCAACUCCAGGAAAACCAGCCUUGACGUAUCCCAAAACAAUGAUGGUUUCAUGUCGUCAGGUGCAAGGACAGCAGUGCAGUACCGAAGCCUGCCCCGUCCAGCCAAGUCAAGUUCUGUCAGCAUCACUGGCAGAGCAGGUGUAAAUAGACCUGUCAGUAGCAACAUUGACCCAAGCCUCAUCAGUAGCAAGCAAGGAGGCAUCCCUGUGUCACGUCUGAAAGAACCCUCAAAAAUUGGUUUGGGGCGUACAAGUUCAGGUCCAGUAAAUCAAACGGAUCGAGAGAAAGAGAAGGCCAAGGCAAAAGCAGUGGCUUCAGAUUCUGAAUGUACAACUGCAGCAAGUUCUGCAAAGCCCACGGCAGUCCCAGAAAGUCAAAAUAAACUGCAAGGAAUGCGACAGCAAAGUUCCAAGUUCUCAGAGAUGUCAUCUCCAACAGCACAGAGGAUGAUAAGCUCAAAAGGAAUCAGCAAGCCACCUACAAUGGCCAACAUCGACAAAAUCAACUCCAACAGCUUGGACUCUGCCACCUCAGGUCAUGCAUCUGCUAGUAGCAGCAUUGCCAAUGAGCCUCUAACAAAACUCCCCGAUGUGCAGACAAGUACAAUCAGCUUAGCUCCAUGUUUAACCCCAAGCCCUGCCCCCGUCCUUAAUGUAAAUUCCAGUACUUUUAGUCAAGGGCUUGGUCUAGGUAGCAAUUUCCCAAACAAUAAGGAAACCCUAAUGUACCCUAAGCUAAGUAGCCUCCACACCAGCAUGGAAUCUCUGGAUCUUCCUUUGAGUGUUCCAAGUUCAUUCUCCAGUAGUGGCAUGCUUUCAAGAGAAGACGAUCAUAGCACACUCACAUGGACUGGAGGUUCUAGAUUCUCACAGAUGGAAAGUGCACAACGUGACAGAAAUACUCUGCCGAAAAAAGGAUUCAGAUAUGGAACAAGCUCCCAGCAAGAAGACACAAAGGAAUGGCAUCACACACGUCCUACUGCCAGCUCUGUGGACACAGAUAGCCAAUUACUUUCCUCUCCUUCUUCUGUCCCAUUGUCAAAUUUAGCAAGCCCUACGGUGGUAUCUCAGCUCAGCAGCCCCACUCCAAAAAUGAUGCGUUCCAAUAGCAUUCCGACCCAUGAUUCCUCGUUCGAUUUGUAUGGAAGUCUGCAGAUGGGAAGCACAAUUUCCUUGGCUGAAAGACCAAAAGGGAUGAUCCGCUCAGGUUCAUUCAGGGAUCCUGUGGAUGACGUUCAUGGCUCGGUGCUUUCACUUGCAUCCACCACAUCAUCGGUUCAUUCCAUGAGUGAAGACAAGGUCCAAGGAGAGCAUAUUAGGAAACUACGUAGAGAACUUGAAUCUUCACAUGACAAGGUUUCUGCACUUACAUCACAACUGUCUACAAAUGCUCAUCUUGUGGCAGCAUUUGAGCAGAGUUUGACCAAUAUGACAUCUCGUUUGCAGAGCCUUGCCAUGACAGCAGAACAAAAGGACUCAGAGUUAUUUGACCUGAAAGAAACCAUUGACAUGUUGCACAAAAAGAAUGCAGAAGCACAAGCUGUCAUACAGGGAGCCUUGAACAAUCCUGAUUUAACACCCAAAGAAUUACGUAUAAAAAGGCAGAAUUCAUCAGACAGUAUCUCCAGUCUCAAUAGCAUUACAAGUCAUUCUAGCAUCGGGAGUGGUAAGGAUGCUGAUGCCAAAAAGAAGAAAAAGAAAAGCUGGCUGAGAAGCUCGUUUAAGCAAGCCUUUACCCUCAAAAAGGCACCCAAAUCAGCAUCCUCAUAUUCUGACAUUGAAGAGAUAGCAACACCGGACUCUUCUGUUCCAUCAUCACCCAAAGUGCAACAUGACGAUGCAGAAUCAUCAUCUCCCUCCAUGAAACCAUCACAUUCAUCCACAAAGGCCUUUGAAUCCAAUGAAACUGACUUGAAGGAGGUGUCAAUCCUACGAAGUGAGCUGUGGGAGAAGGAACGAAAGCUAACAGAUAUUCGCCUAGAAGCUCUUAGUUCAGCUCACCAGCUAGAGCAAUUGCGAGAAGCCAUGCACAACAUGCAGGUGGAAAUUGAAGCAUUGAAACUGGAAAAUGACCGUCUUAAAGCAGAUACAGGCACGGGAGCUCCACAGGCUGCAACAUUAUCUUCUGCCACGUCCUCUCCUCGGCGAUCAUUAGGGCUCUCCUUAGCUCAUUCGUUCAGUCUCAGUCUUACAGAUUCUGUUGACCAAGAUACAUCUCCAAUGGAUGGGGUGACCAGCUCUUCCUCGAAGGAAGAACGAAAUGUUCUAAUUGUAGUCCUGCUGACUGAAGAGCAGAUUUGUAAUGAAACCACAAAACAGCAAGAGUUUUUCAUUGGUUCCACUAAAGUAAGUGGAACAACUGACUGGACUACUUUAGAUGGAGUUAUCUGCCAGCUAUUUAAGGACUACAUUACAAAAGUGGACCCAGUUUCUUGUCUGGGGUUGAGUACAGAUGCCAUCUACAGUUAUGCCGUUGAUCGUGUGAAACGUGUGUUUGGAACUGAUCCACCAGAGCUACUGCCCUACAGAUACAUGGGGAAGGAAGCCACCAGCUUUGCCGUAACUUUGAAAGGAUUGAAGGAGAAAAGUGUGGACAGCUUGGUUUUCGAAACUCUCAUUCCUAAGCCAAUGAUGCAACAUUACCUCAGUCUACUGCUCAAACAUCGAAGGCUCAUUUUGUCAGGCCCCAGCGGGACUGGCAAGUCCUAUUUGUCCAUUCGUUUGGCUGAGUACUUGGUUCAGCGGUCAGGACGAGAGGUUACAGAUGAAAUCAUUGUAACAUUUAACAUGGAUACACAUUCAUGCAAGGAUUUGCAGCUAUAUCUUUCCAACCUCGCCAAUCAAAUUGACAGAGAAACUAGCACAGGGAAUGUACCAUUGGUAAUAAUACUUGAUGACCUCAGUGAACCUGGCUCUCUAAGUGAACUUGUCAAUGGUGCCCUUACAUGCAAGUAUCAUAAAUGCCCAUAUGUAAUUGGAACCACCAACCAGCCUAUCAAAACAACACCAAACCAUGGUCUUCACCUCAGUUUCAGGUUGGUGCCGUUUUCUAACAAUGCAGAACCCGCUAAUGGAUUCCUUAGUCGCUAUUUACAGAGAAAGUUGAUUGAAUCAGAGAAUGUUGCAAAUGCAAAUAAUAAUGAAAUCCUCAAUAUUCUUAACUGGGUGCCCAAGUUGUGGUAUCAUCUGCACACGUUUCUAGAAAUGCACAGUACAUCUGACUUCCUUAUCGGUCCUUGCUUUUUCCUAUCUUCUCCUGUCAAUGUGGCUGAAUUUAGAGAAUGGUUUAUUGACCUGUGGAAUUACUCUAUUCUCCCUUAUCUUCAGGAAGGAGUCAAUGAUGGUGUUAAGACCUAUGGAAGGAAAGCUGUGUGGGAAGACCCUGCUAAGUGGGUGCAGGAUACUCUACCUUGGUCAAAUGCUUCACAGGACCGCUCCAAGAUCUUCCAUUUGCCUCCUCCAAGUAUAGGAUCACAUGUUACAGGACCUCCCGCAGAUGAGAGGAAGAUCAAAGAGACAGCCCCUGCUUCAAUUGAAUCCGAUCCACUUAUGAAUAUGCUACUGAGGCUUCAGGAGGCAGCCAAUUACACCCAAAGUUGUGAAGGAGACAAUGUUUUGGAAUCAUCUUUGCAAUCAACACAUUGAAAGAAAGCAAAGCAAGGAAUAUGGGAGCCAUCUUGUUUUUAAUCAUGUCAUUACUACAUUUUGAAUAUUGUAGUCCUGAAACAGAUGUAUAUUCUGUGAUAGACAUAGUUAGGUAGGGGGCUAAAUUAAUUGAUGGGUAAAAUUGUAGGCCCAAAAUCAUAUGUAAGUUAACUGUGAUCAUUUAUUGUAAAUCAUAUCGCCUAGCCAUCUGGAAGGAAAAAUACCAUCUAACUCUAUGGACUUUUAAUGCUGUGUUUGUACCUUAUAAUUCAAUCUUCAAAAGUGCAUGGCAAUCAUUUAAGCAGAAACAAAUAAUAUUUUAGUAAGCUUUAUUAAGGUUAACUCCGAAUUUACAACUCAAAUAAUUAUAGGAGCCAUCGCUGUUCCACUACUGCUAUCAUCUCAGAUGUCACACUGGUGCUGACUGGAGGACUUCUCCACCAAACUUUGCAGUUAAUAGUGUUUAAAACCUCAUUAGUCCGCACAAUUUGUGUGCACAAAAGCACAGCUGAAAUGUGAAUCAUAGUGAAACCACUAAAACAGGAGUUUAUUACUUCCCAAGUGCUAAAAUGGUCCACAUUGUAAUUGAAAGAUUUUUGUAUCCUGAAUUUAAAACUGAUGUGUUUUAUGACUUCUGCUUUCAUUAAUCAAUAAUAUGUAUUACAGGAACCCUUUAAGUACUUGUUUUUUUCUUUUACUUCAAACAUAAAAAGGCUUUUUGAUCAAGGGCAGCUGAGGGAGGGGGUGAACAUACCUUAUAGAAACAAAAUUCUUAACCUCAGGAACAAGUUAUUUCCCUUCUUCAACAUCUCAACUUAAGUUAAAUAGUUUCAUAAGAUCCCCUGCACUGAAACUAUUAGCAAGAAGCUAAAGCAACACACACAAAAUGCUGGUGGAACGCAGCAGGCCAGGCAGCAUCUAUAGGGAGGAGUGCUGUUGACAUUUCGGGCCGAGACCCUUUGUCAGGACUAACUGAAAGGAAUUACCAUUUUGUGUGGGUUGCUUGAAUUUCCAGCAUCUGCAGAUUUCCUCGUCUUUAACAAGAAGCUAAACUAACUUUUCCAGAAAUCACCUAAUAAAACAAACUUGUAACUAGCAGAUAAAAUUUACAACAAUCUAAAUUUUUAGCCCUGCUAAGUAUUAUCUGUUUUGGGGCAUACACCUUGUGUCUCAAUAGAUAUUCUGGUACUUUGUUAUGUACCAGAGUACCCAUAAUGCCGAGAACAUUUUCUAUUCAUAUCUUUAGCGUAAUAUGUGUUCCUUAUGUUUAUAAUAAUACAGAUUUGAAAAUAGUUGCAGAAAUGUCAUUUUUUAAUUUCUCCUGAGAUGCUUGCUAUUAGGAGCACCCACGGCAUGAGUAAUUACUUGGAGUUUUGACAAUAAAACUGUGUGGGAAGAGGUUCUUGUCUCUGCUAUAUGAGCUAAAUCUUUGAUAUAGUGUCAUGUGCAUUGGACUAUAACUGCAAUUUUCAUUGAAGUCAAUGGAGCUGAGUUUCAAUAUGAUGUUGGCCAUUUAGCACGUACAGUAGGUAGCCUAAACUCUUCAAUUAAGGUGUGAAAGGCAGCAUUCUAAGUUAAUUCUUAUGUUGUUUAUGAACUAGCUUUGACACAUUAUUCUCUGAUUUUACUGGUUAUUGAUUACAUAAAAUCAACCACCUUAUUAACAUAAUUCAUUCCAUCAGUUCAGUUUGCCUGAAUAUAACUCUCUGUGUGGCUGGGACUUCAGCCAGGAGUUUCACCCUUCGUAUAACACCAAAGGCAUCCAUUUGGUUUAUCAAUUAUGCCGGGCCUUGCAACAUUUCUCUGUCCCUCUUUUCUCUUGUAUUCCAUCAACUCUUCUGAUGUUUAUAUUAAGGGUAACUUGCAGUUGCCAAUUCACCUACCGGCCUGCACAUUUUUGUGGUGUGGGAAAAGACUGAAGCACCCAGGAAAUCCCACAUAGCCACAGAGGGUAUGUGAAACUUCCACAGAAUCCGAGAAACACAAAAUAGGCACUGCUUAUAUUGUCUGUGACGGUGGCACCUCCCUUCCCCACCUCCAAUCUUAUCACUGUAACAUUUAGUUUUUGAUUCAUCUUUCACCUCUACAAAUAUUUUUUGCACCCGUUAAUUGUAAACUUUAAUGACGUAACUAAAGCACCGGUAACUUCCAAGCUCUUGUACUUUAUAUUCUUGAACACAGUUGUUGCUCUUAAUCAAAUUAUUUAAAUGGAAUCAUAGAGCACUGGAACAUAGAAACAGACCCUUUGCCCCCAUUUAGUCCAUGCCCAACCGUUAUUCUGCCUACUCCCAUCAACUUGCAUCUGGACCUCAACCCUUGUAUCCGUGUACUUACCUCAAAUGUUCUCUUAAAUGCUGAAAUCAAAACCACAGCCACCACUUCCUCUGGCAACUCGUUCCACGCUGAGUGAAGAAGUUCCCACUCAGGUUCCCAUCAAAAUUUUCAACUUUCGCCCUAGCCUCUCAUUCCAGUCUCACCCAACCAGAGACUAUAAAUUACUUUUAUUACUAAAAAUACUUAAAUUUUUCUUUGACACUUAUAUAUAACUUUUACUCCGGAGAAUCAGUUUGCAGUUUCCUUCAAGGUCAGCAGUCAAUCUAACUUAGUUGUGACUGCUCCUUCACCAAAGAGUUGAAGCUGUUUAUGAACGUUUAUCAUUUGGGAUAUCUGCAUAUAAAAGUGACUGAUGAAGGUAGAGCUGUGGAUGUAGUCUACACGGAUUUUAGUAAAGCGAUUGACAAGGUCCCUCAUGGGAGACUCAUCUAGAAGAUUAAGAUGCUUGGGAUUCAUGUCCUGCUGAAGGGUCUCAGCCCGAAACGUCGACUGUACUCUUUUCCAUAGAUGCUACCUGGCCUGCUGAGUUCCUCCAGCGUUUGGCGCGCUACCGUCCAAGGUCGAUGAGCUUCUCCUGCCCGAACUUUGGAAAUGGAGUUGUGGUCUCCAGGUCUCGGAGAUAUUCAGCCCAGACUGGCUGAGAUGGUUAAAUGCCAAAUGGAUUAUGACUGAGCAAUCUGCAGCAAAAUCGAUAUCUUCUACAACACUCCAAUCAUUCAUCUGAAAGUUUGUUUUCAUUUCCCUGCAGUGUAUUCCUUGGUUGUCAUGCAUUAUAUAAAUAUUGUUUAGUGUGCACUCUACCUUGUCUUUGUUUACUUCUACUUAAGGACCUGUCUUGGUUUGCUCUGCAUUACUGCAUAUCACCCUUCAUGUAAGACAGAUACUGACUACAGCUCUAAAUAUUUCCUCUAUACAGCCGAAUUUUGUAAGAUAUUUUGUUGUAUUCUGAUUAUAACAAUGGAAUGCUUUGAAUAGAAAAAAAAUCCAGGCUGGGUAAUUUCCCUGGCAUCAAAUAACAAGACUCCCACCCUUUGAAAUCUGUCUCACAGGAGUCCUGCUCUUCGGGUCCACAUGGCUUUACUGCUUAAGUCACUUUUUGUUCCUCAUUGGCCAGGCGUCUAUGAGAGAGGAUGCAAUUGCCCGUACCAUCCCUGUGCUUUUGCAGUGUGCAAAAUGAGCCGAAUGAAUUUUUUUCAUGCGUUCCGCCUCAGUGGCUAUCCUACUUACCUUUUCAAAGAUAAUGUCUGGCUUUUUAAGGAGUUUGACCCACCUACACACUAAACUCUUCUUCAAUUUUAGUCUUGCAAAGUUUCAAAAUUACAAUGACUUGUUAGGUCUCUCAAGUUCACAAUGUAAUUGCCAAUUAACUCCUUUCAUAUCUGAUUAUCUGUCCCAAGUGUUUAGCUUUGAAAGAUCUCCCCCUGGAUGCUGUCUCCUUCUCUUUCAAAGCUGUCGUCAUUACUCUUCCCGGAUAAUAUAGCUUUGAUCCCACCAUUUGCAAAUUCAGUGCUCUAUUACAUCUGAGUAGUGUGUGUCACCUUCAUUCUUUCCUACUGAAAAGUACUCCUUACAACCCACCACUUUGAUCAACUUUUCAGUCAUUUGCCCUAAUACUUCUAAUGUGCUGUAAUGUUAAAAUUAUUUGAUAACUUGACUAUUUUAUAGAAACAAAAUAAAUGCACAGCACAGGACAGGCCAUUUGGCCCAGAUGCCCAUGCUGACAAUGAUGCCAAAUUAAAUUAUCCCAUCUUUCUAUCCCCUGCCUGUCAUGUUUACUGUCAAGCAUUAUGGUCUUAAACAGGCUUUGGGCUUAAACAUUCUGUACAUACAAUAACAUUCUUUGAUUUUGCAUGCAAGUGCUCAUACUGGGUUCUUUUAGAGUUGUUAUUGACAAGCUUUCUACUGCUUUGCAGGGAGAGAGUCAACAAUGGCAAUGGCUUUUCCAACAGACCUGGCUGAAAAAGCAACGUGACUUGAAAUUUCGAUCACACAAUGCAUGUUUUAGAUGUGCUAUGUGCCAAGUGCUCACUGAAUAAAAU